AUGCUUCAGAAUGUCCAUCAUAUCAACGCACAGCAGAAUACAUUCGAAGUAUCACCCAAUACUAGAAGUACUUCUACCAGCUCUUCUUCUACAAUUCCUAAUACACUGCCUUCACACAGUAAUGCUAAUUCCUCUACUCCUUCUGGUGUCAAAAGUUCUGCCAUGAAUCUAGAUUUUACUCCAGCUCUUGAACGUAUUAAUUUUAUCCAGAUCAAUUUACAAAAAUCUCGUGCUGCUACUGCACAUGCUGUUGAUUACGCAGUUAAUGCUAAAGCCGAUAUAUUAAUUGUUCAAGAACCCUCCACGAGGGAUGGUAAGAUUGUGGGCUUUCCACUACGCUGGUCGAUAUAUCAACAUGUAAAUAAGGCAGAGCUUCCUAGAGCAGCAAUCGUAAUUCUUAAUCCCUUAUGGUCUCCACUUGUUUUCAAGACUGAUCGUGACCAUGUGGCUAUAUUACUGGAAUUAAUUGAUAUUAAAAUUAUCCUUUAUUCCAUUUAUUCUCCACCAACAGCGUCAUUGGAAUCAGCACUUCUAUUUCUAGAAUAUAUCCGGCAACAUUACCCAGUGCCAAAUAAUAUUAUAGUGGGCGAUUUAAAUGCCCAUAGUACAAUAUGGGGUUAUCCUCAAACAGAUGUUAGUGGUCAUCUUCUAGAGGAUUUUCUUAACUCAAAUAACCUAGUCCUUCAUAACACUAUUGAUGCUCCUCCGACCUUUGAACAAGCUUCUACAUAUGGAUGGCCUGAUCUUACUAUAUCCACGCCUCCAACAGCUGUCUAUGUACAAAAUUGGACGGUUGAUUAUAUUAGUGGUCUAUCAGAUCAUAAGUAUGUUCUCUUUCAAUUAGAGCAUACAACCAGUACAUCUAUUGUCCGUCGCUAUCGGCUGCCUGGGCAUAAAAUUGCUGUCUUUCGUCGUCGUGUUACUGCAUGUCUUCGCAAUUUAGUUCCACAUUUGCAUCGUUGCACGACGUCAACGGAGUUGAAUGAAUUCACAGUCCAUCUAAUGACAUCGAUACAGGCAAUUUGUAAUGAUCUUUUGCCGCAACGACAUACAAAGAAAUUGCAAUCAAUUACCUGGUGGAACUCUUCCUUAGGACAACAACAGCAGAAAUGCAGAUCUUUGAGACGGAAGCUCAAGCAAUUGCGACGUCUCGGCACCUCAGACCGCCUUUUAGAAGUUUACCGGCGCGACCGCGCUCGAUAUGAAAAAAUGAUUCUACAGGCUAAGCUUCAAUCUUGGCGUGAUUUUUGCACCAAUAAUAACCACCGAAACUUAUGGUUUACAUCAUAA